AUGUCUUUCUACAACACUUAUUAUCUUCAAAAAGUCACAUUUUCAAAUACUUUAGAGAUAAUCAAUGAAAAAGUGUUUUAUAACUGUUUUUCAUUGAAAAGUGUGACACUCCCUCAAAGUUUGAAAAGAGUUGGAAAACAUUGUUUUGCUUAUUGUUAUUCACUCGAAAGUGUAUUUUGUGAGUCAAAAGAAGUUGUUUUUGAUUCACAAUGUUUCAUGAAUUGUUACAACUUAAAAAUGGUUCCAAAAAUAGAACAUUUAAAAAGAGGAAUCUUUUGGUGUUGUAAUUCUCUUGUCAAAUUUGACAAUUUUGGAGAUGUUGAAUGUAUUCCUCAUUGCACGUUUAUGAAGUGUUACAACUUGAAAGAAAUUGUUUUACCAGAGACAUUUAAAAUAAUAGGCAAAUUUACAUUCAAAAAUUGUUUUACACUUGAAAGCCUCACAUUUCCGCAAUCACUUGAAAAAAUGGAAGAUGGGUGUUUUAAGAAUUGCUCAAAUCUCAAAUGUGUUAAUUUUAAAAACAAUUUAAUUUCAUUUGGAAGUGAUGUAUUUGAAGGGUGCACAUCACUGAGUUCAAUAUUAUUUAAUGAAGAAAAAAUAGUCUAUUAUUAUGGAGAAGUUAGUUAUACUUUUUAUAAACAACUAGAACAGAAUCAAAUAAUAUGUAACAACGUCAAAGAAAAUUCAAUGAUUUGA